AUGAUCCUCUCAUCAACCCUACUCCCCAUCCUCACCAUUCUCCUCUCCAUCCCUAAUACCCUUGCCCACCCAACCACCGAUGACCUCUCCCUCUCCUUCCGCCUCGCUCCAACCCAGGCGACAGUAAAUCCAACCCCAUCAAAGGCGAGAUCGAAAUCCGCGGCGAAGAUGCCCUCACUUACGACGCAAAAAGUCGACGCCGACGCAGCGGACGUAAACCGCCAAGUAGAAGCCGGCAGCGCAGCCAACAAGCAACCCUUCAAAGAUCCCACCAAGUACGGGAUGAAAGCAUCCCCGGCUACAAACUCCUGGGGAAAUAACAAGGGAUGGGUGUCGGCAGAGGAGUUUCCCUUUGCGUCGACGAAGGAAGGGGGAAAGGACGCCAUCCUCGUAGGCGUGACCAUCAACUCGCAAGACGAACAGAAGCGGUCGCUUCGAAGCUUCUACCAGAAGAACAAGGUCAAGUCGUAUGAUUCUAAGAACAAAAAAUCGAACGGGAGUUGGUUCGAGAUUACCGGGUUUAAGGUGAAGAGUGGGAAGAAUGCGAAGGUUGGGCCAUAUUGCCAGGCUUUCACCGAUAAGAAGCCAGGGAAUGUGUGUAAUGCGAAUACCAAGGUUACUGGGGCCUGGGGAUUCGAUGUGGCUGAGUAUGCGUAUGUUUAUAACCAUUCGACGAAGAAGUUUGAUUAUGUGGGGAAAUGA